CAGGUUUCUAUUCUCUGAAGUGGCUGCAUCAGCCAUCAGGUGGAGCCGGGCUCACUCCCCUUACUUCUUCCUUUGUUCUCCAUUAUGUCUGGGAAGCCGGCUCUGUGGCCCCCCGGAGGCCCCUGGACAGCAGCUGUGAUGGUGUGGCUGGUGGCGCUGAGGGCCCCAGUGGCUGAGGGCGGAAGCUCUCCACGGGACUUCGUGCUCCAGUAUAAGGCCCUCUGCUAUUUCACCAACGGGACGCAGCGCGUGCGGCUCCUGACCAGCUACAUCUACAACCUGGAGGAGUACGCGCGCUUCGACAGCGAAGUCGGGGAGUACCGCGCGCUGACCCCGCUGGGGCGGCCCACAGUCGAAUACUUCAACAGCCAGAAGGACAUCUUGGAGGAGACGCGGGCCGAGGUGGACACGGUGUGCAGACCCAACUACCAGAGUGAGGCCAGCACGACCCUCCAGAGGCGAGUGGAGCCUACAGUGACCAUCUCCCCGGCCAAGACAGAGGCCCUGAACCACCACAACAUGCUGGUCUGCUUGGUGACGGAUUUCUAUCCAGCCCACAUCAAAGUCCGCUGGUUCCGGAAUGACCAGGAGGAGACAGCUGGCGUCGUGUCCACCCCCCUGAUUAGGAACGGGGACUGGACCUACCAGGUCCUGGUGAUGCUGGAAAUGACCCCGCAGCGAGGAGACGUAUACACCUGCCGUGUGGAGCACCCCAGCCUCCAGAGUCCCCUCACAGUGGAGUGGCGGGCGCAGUCUGGAUCCGCCCAGAGCAAGAUGCUGAGCGGCAUCGGGGGCUUCGUGCUGGGGCUGAUCUUCCUGGGCCUGGGCGUCAUCCGUCGUCACAGGAAACAGAAGGGGCUCCUGCGCUGACUCCUGAGCGUACUUUGACUGGGAUCGGCUGUGUUUCCUCUUAAAUGCCUGCUUGUUGUCCUUGGGCAGACUUCCCAGCUGCCUGUGAGCCUGCUCCCUCUGAGACCAGAGUCCUAGUUACUCUGAAGCAGUCUGCCAGUAAGCUCCUGUGACCCCCCUCGAGGUGGCUGUGAGCUUGGAGUCUGUCCUUUGGGCUGCCAGCUGAGUCUACUCAAGGAUCCCAAGGCAUUUUUCUUUUGUUUCUCCUACGCUCCCUCCCUCCCUUCACCCCCCUCCACUGUCAAGAGAAGCACGUUAAAGCCUUUACCUGACUCCAGAGCUUUUGUCAUAAUUAAAUAUGUUGUCUGUA